GUGAAGUGUUCAAAUGUUACACGGAAAUGCUGUUGUAUCUUGCAAGUUGCAUCAGUCGGAACAUAGCGUGUCAUGAAAGAUUUUUUAAAAAAUCUCACACUAUUCAAUUUUAUUUGUUUAAUAAACGUGUAGGUAAUAUUCAAGGAACAACGAAAUGCCAACUGUUGGUGUAAAUCGGGAUCUUCUUUUCUCUGCUUUGGAAUGUACAUACACUGAAGAUGAAUUCAACAGUUUGUGUUUUGAAUUUGGCCUUGAACUUGAUGAAGUGACUACUGAAAAACAGAUGAUUUCUAAAGAACAAGGGGAGGAAAAAUCUGAAGGAGCAUCUGAAGAUAUCAUUUAUCGCAUUGAAAUUCCAGCCAACAGGUAUGAUCUCCUAUGUUUGGAGGGACUGGCAAGGGCUCUUCUGAUUUUUCAGGGCAAGAUGAAAAUUCCACAUUAUAAGGCUGUUACUCCUGCAUCGAGACACACGCAGAAAAUUUUAGUAAAACCUGCUACGGCACAAGUAAGGCCUUACGUUGUAGGUGCUGUAUUGAGGGACAUAACAUUCACAAGAGAUAACUACAAAAGUUUUAUUGAUCUUCAGGAUAAGCUGCAUCAAAACUUGUGUCGAAGAAGAGCACUUGUUGCAAUUGGAACUCAUGAUUUGGACACGUUGACUGGGCCAUUUACUUACGAUGCUCAAGUUCCGAAAGAGAUAAGAUUCAAACCCUUAAAUGAAAUGAAGGAAUACACAGCUGAAGAACUGAUGGAACUUUACUCUACUGAUAGUCAUCUUAAACCAUAUCUGCAAAUAAUUAAAGACAAACCUGUGUAUCCUGUUAUAUACGACCAAAAUAGGGUAGUGCUUUCAAUGCCACCAAUCAUCAAUGGGGACCAUUCCAAAAUUACACUUGAGACCAAGAACGUGUUAAUAGAAUGCACAGCAGUAGAUCUAUACAAAGCUAAGGUGGUAUUAGACACGCUUGUUUGUAUGUUUAGCCAAUACUGCAAGGAACCUUUUACGGUGGAAAGAGUUGAAGUUACUCAAGCUAACGGGAGAAAAUCUGUGUAUCCUGAGCUGAUCUAUCAACAAGCAGUCGUGUCCGUUAGUGAAAUAAAUAAAAGUUUGGGGAUUGAUGAAAGCUCUGCUAGUGUUGUAGAACUGCUUAAUAAAAUGUCGAUUCACUCUACAAUCGUGGAAGGUAAAAAAGGGGGUCAGACAUCUAAGAUCUCGGUUGCAGUUCCUCCCACACGGCAUGACAUUAUCCAUCCGUGUGACAUCAUGGAAGAUGUAGCAAUUGCGUAUGGAUACAACAACAUCAAGAUGUCCAUACCACACACAGUCACCAUUGCCGAACAGUGUCCACUAAACAAACUAACAGACCAGCUCAGGGUAGAGUUGUCACAGUCUGGGUUUACCGAAGCCUUAACUUUCACCUUGUGUUCCAAAGAAGAUAUUUCGGACAAGUUGAGAAGAACAAAUGGAACAUCAGAAGCUGUUCACAUUGCUAACCCUAAAACCAUAGAAUUUCAGGUUGCUCGAACAACUCUUAUGUCAGGACUUUUGAAGACUCUUCAGGCAAACAAGAAAAUGCCUCUGCCGUUGAAGUUGUUUGAAAUAUCUGAUGUGGUUUUAAAAGACAACACCAGAGAUGUAGGUGCUCGCAAUGAGCGUCGGCUGUGUGCUGUUAAUUACAACAAAUCCCCAGGGUUUGAGAUUAUUCAUGGUUUGUUGGACAGGAUCAUGCAGCUUCUAGAAAUCUCUUAUGGCAAGGAAAAAGAAGGCUAUUUCAUUCGAACUGCUGAAGAUCCUGCAUUCUUCCCAGGACGCUGUGCUGACGUUGUCGUAAGAGGGAAAGCCAUCGGAAAACUUGGAGUUCUUCAUCCAGAGGUGGUGACGGCAUUCGAUCUUAGUCUUCCCUGUGCAGUAUUGGAAAUAAACAUUCAACCAUUUUUAUAGGUUGAUGUAAGGCUCUGUAUCUCGUUCUACACAGAGUUGUAAACGAGACACGAGAAAUAAAAUAUUGUUUGGAUGACAGAA